AUGAAAACGUCUAAGCCUAGGGUAAAGACGUUUACUGGAUGCUGGACUUGCCGGUCUCGAAAGGUGAAGUGUGAUCUCCAGCGACCCGGAUGCAAGCGGUGUGAAAGGAGUGGGUUGACAUGUGGCGGUUAUGAGGUGAAGCUUCGAUGGACCAGGCCAAUCCAGUUCAACAGAUCUGGUGAUGUGACAGUGACACCUUCUGGUGUGAAAGAUCCGGAUGAACCUCAUUACAGGCGAAGAAACGUGGACUUUGUACGGUACAAGGAAGAAUAUGAGUACUAUGAGGAUAUGGACGAUGAGCUUUCUGCUCUUAGCUCGCCGCCUUUGGAUUUAAUUGCGGAUAACAAGACGUGGAUCAUCAAGAAGUUUGGGGUUUUCAAGGGUACGGACAAAGUGAAGAAGCAAUACGCACCGAGAAAGAAGCGGAAACGUAACGAGGUGUUCAUCAAUGCGAUACGGCGUGCUCAGAAGAAGCUGGCCCAGAAGAAAAGCAAAGGAUCUGGAGGUGGGAUGGGUCCACCCUCGACGGAAGAUGCAGGCUCUUCUUCUGCUAACAAUGACGAGGACGGCGAUGGUGGUGAUGACGAAACGUCGGCACAGCAGUUACACAACUUGUUCGAGUUCGACAUGAACUCAUUGUUGUUUCCUGGUAAUGAGUGGAUUUCCAAUGAACUACGGGAUGACGCUUUGCUAUCUGCAGCUGCUGUAGAAGGUAAGACUAUUCCUAUCUUGGGUAAUGUUGGUGAACAGCACAACGGUGCGGGCUCGGGUAUGGGAUCGUCCGGUUCGGGUUCGGGUUCGGGUUCGGGUUCUGGCUCAGGUUCAGGUGCAGGUUCUGGUUCUGGUUCUGGUACCAGAUCUAACGAUUCAUUCCAUGGAACAGAUACACCAGUGGAUGCGGCUGAAAACACUGAGUCAGUAGCCAAUGCACACUCUAAUCAUAAUAAUGAACAGAUCAAGAAUCGUCCGGUUGCAGCUGUUAACGAAGAAGAACUAGAAAAAGUGUAUCGUCUUCUCUUCCAUAGAACAGGUGGAUCCACGGACCAAUCUCUUGAUCAUGACAAUGGGGAAAGAGCAUUGGAAACGAAUAACCGCACGAACUCGGUUUCCAGCGCAGGCACAGGCACGGGUACAGCCUCCUCCCAUACACAGACACAUGUAGGUGCUCAAGAGAACCCCAAGACUAUUCUUGGUAUUGUGCCGUUGAAAAACUUUGUGGAGCUUAACGUACCAGGCUCUACUAUGCCUAGUUCGGUAAUUGAAGUAAUUCAAUCACGAGUGCCUGAUCCUAUAUUCAAUAAGCCCGGAAAUAAAAACCCGCUCUUAGAAAUUCCAACAACUGGUGUACACAUACAUGGACUUGCAAGGUUCUUACUCAACUAUUACUUGCAGAAUGUGGCUGAUUUAAUGACAGUUGUUGUGCUACCGACAAACCCUUGGAAAACAAUCUACUUCCCAAGAGCAUUGAAGGCCCUUGGUGAUCUUACCGGUAUUGGGUACACAUCUAACUCAAGAAACUCUUUAUUGAAUGCAUUACUAGCUGUUUCCUGUUUUAAUCUUCAGAGUAAGUUUCCAAAGAACUCACCAGAGAUGAAGUUCUUUCUUUCGCUAGGAAUAGAGUUUAGAUCACAGGCCUCAAACUUCCUUAAAAGAUGUUUGGCAACGACUGUAAACCAAGAAAGGUAUAAAGACAUUUUAACUGCUAUAUUAUCAAUGAAUUCCAUUGAUGUUGUCUGGGGUACCAUGGCUGAUUGUCAGGUACACUUGACAAUUUGUGAAGAUUUUGUCGAAAAUAGGAUGAAAACAAGACCAAAGAUAUCGGCAAAGGCGAAGGCUCUCCAUCGUAUCUUUUCAUUCCUCAAAUUGAUUCAAGAUAGUACCGCCUUGGACAAAGUUCGACCCAAAGAAAUUGUUAUUCUUGACAACAAUGUGUCCAUAGACUCUCAAGUACCUUCGGGUAUACCUUCAGUAGAGGGUGAAUUCAAGGAAUCUUUGAACAAGCAGGAUGGUAAGAUUCGCAUUGAGUUUAUAUGUUCAUCAUCUGAUUACAAGGAUUCACCUAGUCCGUUCUCAAAGAACUCUAAUAAGAGUCCCGGUGCGCAGACGCCGAUAUUUUCCAACAUUGCUAGUGAAUCUUACUAUUAUCCAAAAACAAACGAAACAGACAACGAUAUUCUAAGCACGGAUGCUCUCUACGGUCUACCGAACUCCUUGAUUCUUUUGUUCUCGGAUUGUGUCAGAUUAGCAAGGCAUCUCGAAUUCUAUCGCCAAAACAGCAUCUCGACCCCAAAAGCCUUUAAGAGGCUUUGCGUCGAGUUUGAGCAACGCAUACUGAGCUGGAAAUCAGAAUGGGAGUUUAAAGUACCAGGUUCCCAAACAGAGUUCAUAAACGAAACAAUCGAAGGGGUGUACCAUCACACAAUGAGUUUCUACCAUGGUUUGAUCAUUUACUUCUACACCAUUGUGAAAAACCAAUCGUACGACUACGUGAGGAAACAUGUCAUUGUGGUGUUGGAAAACCUCAACCAGCUCUCGGAUCUAAUCGAGAACAAAGGUGUGAAAAUUGUUCCAUUAAUCUGGCAAGGGUUCAUGGCUGGGUGUGCAUGCGCUGACACUGAACUCCAGCUAGGCUUCAAGGAAUGGGCUGCAAAGCUCUGUAAGUCUGGUAUGGGCUCCUACUGGGGUGCAAGACAGAUAAUGUUUGAGGUUUGGCGGCGGAGGCUAAACAGAGAAGAGAAUGACGACUGGUUUUCCGUAUACAAAGACUGGGAAAUGAAUCUUAUGUUGUCGUGA